AUGUCGCGCAACCAACGCAACAGCAGCACAACCGUUUCAACCGCCGCCGCUUCGGGAGACAUGUGGGCCAACAUCGAUCGAUAUAUUUCUCAGCGUACCAAACGAGAGGAAGAUGACCGUUACCUAUUGAGCAAGGACAGCAUAUCUGGGAAGCGACGAGAUAAUCGCGACGAUGUAGGCAACGAUCGGGAGGAAAACGACUCUGAGCAAAAACAGCGACAAAUUGAACGCAAGAAACGUCGCCUUUUUCUACUCAACGACGACGACGACGACAAUAACGAGGAGCAAAACGACGAUGACGGCGACGAUGUGGACAAUGAUCGGGAGGAAAACAACUCUGAGCAGAAACAGCGACAAAUUGAACGCAAGAAACGCCGCGUUUUUCUACUCAACGACGACGACGACGACGACGACGACAACAACAACAAUGAACAAAACGACAACGAGGAACAAGACGGCAACGGGAAACGAAAACAGGGCAACGAACGUGGCCGAAAGUCCUAUCAUCGUCCGUCUGUUUCGUAUAAUCGAGCUGUUGUUGGCGGUAGCGACGACCGUAGCGAUAAUGACGAUAUCGACGACUACAGUGACAAGAAAAUUGAAAAACGUCAGCGUUCACCGCCGAUACGCAUCCCCAACAGGCGUGGCAAUCGAACGGAACGCGAUGGUCGGUCCCCUGUGAAAAACAUACGAGGACGCGCUAUUACCGAACUCAUUGUUGAAAAGUCAGAACGCACCAUGGACCGACUCGAACGCGCUCGACCUAUUGCAGGCAACAGCGACGAGAAUGACAGCUGCGCCACUGUCGCCGAUGACCAACGUGGUAGUAGUGGUGGUGGUGGUGAGUAG